AUUUUAUUCACGAAUCUUUACCAACCACUACCACCACCUAUCCCCCCACCACGUAACAGGACAUGACAUUUCACAAAACCUCCCUGCCCUACUACCAGUACCGGUAAGCCCUAUUCUACCUACUGUACACCACCUUUACCACACCUCCUUUACCCUUUGCCCUCCUCGUCCCACCACUGCCGCCACUAGAAACUUGACCCAGAAAGCGCAAUGUCUACGACAUUAGGCGGCUUCAUCGCCGGUGGAAUCGCAGCCUGCGGAGCAGUAACAGUCACUCACGGCUUCGAAACGGUGAAAACAAGACUUCAACUCCAAGGCGAGCUUUCAGCAAAGUCGCAAACGAAACGAGUCUACACAGGUGUAUUCCAGGGUGUUCGAGUGAUCUUGGUAAACGAAGGGCCGCGUGGCUUAAUGGCUGGUUUGGGCGCUGCUUACUGCUACCAAACCAUGCUAAAUGGCUGCCGUCUCGGCUUCUACGAGCCAAUCCGUAGCUCGGCCACACGCCUAGUCCAUAGCGACCCGCACCACCAGUCCAUCGGGGUGAACGUCUUUGCCGGUGCUACUUCCGGCAUUCUGGGAGCGAUGGUCGGGUCCCCGUUCUUUCUCGUGAAGACGCGGCUACAAUCGUACUCCCCUUCUCUACCCGUGGGCACGCAGCACAAUUACCGCAACGCCUUGGACGGCUUCAGGACCAUUAGCCGGACGGAGGGGUUCAAGGGAUUGUAUAGGGGUGUGGGUUCUGCUAUGGUCAGGACUGGCUUUGGUAGCAGUGUGCAAUUGCCCACCUACUUUUUUGCGAAGAGGAGGCUGCAGAAGUACUUGGGUCUACGGGAAGGGGUGGGUUUGCAUCUUGCUAGUAGCGCGGUUAGCGGGUUUGUGGUUUGUUGUGUUAUGCACCCUCCUGAUACCGUGAUGUCGAGAAUGUACAACCAGAGCGGGAACCUGUACACUAAUGCCUUUGAUUGUUUGAUGAAGACUGUUCGAACGGAGGGUCUUUUGGCAAUCUAUAAAGGCUACUUUGCUCACUUGGCAAGGAUAUUGCCGCAUACGAUCCUAACACUGACCCUUGCUGAACAAACCAACAGGCUUGUGAGGAAGGUCGAGCAAAGGCUUUUUCUCGACUAGCUAUCGGCAAGUCACCAGGGAGCCUGUUCUCCGGACCGAAUUCUGUGAUCAUGAGCUUUUU